UAUGAUCAUCCGAAUUGAGCCCUAACUGCAAGCGUGGCGGUUGAGUUCUGAUAUUAAGAAAAUCUCUGCUCCUUUGAGGACCGAAUUCUCCAACUCUAAUGAUCUGAGUUUCUCUCUCUUCGUCUAUGGCGAUCCAAUUUAAGUUCAGGAGCUCGGUGAACUUCGACUCGGUGGAUAUCGAAGGUCGACCUUCCAUAUCAGUUGGUGAUCUUAAAUCCAAAAUUAUUCGCAUGAAGAACCUCGAUUCCUGCAAAAACUUCGAUCUCGUAUUCUCCGAUGCCCAAACCGGUCAAGAUUUAGUUGACGAGAAAUUUGAAAUUCCAAGUGGUUCAUGCGUGAUAAUCAAGAGAGUUCCCGCGGGAUCAGUUCCUUCAAAUGCACACGUUGUGCAUCGCGACUUGUUUGGGAAUUUUCAAGUCAAAGACACUGACAUGGUUAAUUCAUCUCGUCCAUUGAUUGCUGAGACGGACAAUUUUGAUGAUUUUGGUGUAGACUUAUAUCCUAUUCGCAAAGCAAAUUCAUCCAUUUCUUACAAUAGUACAAAUAAUGAUGCUGCUAGAUGUUAUAAGGAGACCGAGAGAGGUUAUAUUGAACCUGAAGGAAGUGCCAUCAGUGAGGCCAUUCAAGGAGGUUCAGGUCACGGUACAACAGCUGGAGGAACUGAGCUGCAAACGAACAUAAACCUAAAUAUUGGCGAUGACAUUGGUCUGGAAAAACUGGUUGUUGAUUUGGCUCCAGCGAUUCAUAAUUGUGAAAUACCUUCAGAACUGAAGUGUACUCUUUGCAACUCACUCUUUGUGGAUGCUGUAAUCACUGGUUUCUGUAAGCAUAGUUUUUGUGAGAAAUGCAUUCAUCAUGUUCUGCUGGAAAAGACAAAGUGCCCCAAGUGUUCAUCUACCAAAUAUAAACUAGAAGAUUUGUUGCCAAAUUUAUCUCUUAGGCAAAAUGUUGCCCGUUUCCUUGAGUCUCAGAUCCUGAUGGGCGACUCAGAUAAUGCUUGUCAUAACAAUGCACCAGAUGAAGAAUCAAGAAUUGAAGGAAAAGACAUGCCUUGUUUGUCUUAUGCUACUGGUAGUGGUUUUAAUCAAGAAGUGGUGGAUUACGUCCAUGACUCAUCAUUAAAAAGAAAUAUGAAGAUUAAAGUUGCUGGAGCAGAAUCUGGAUCUUGCCAUCCUGAAAAUUUUGGUGGUAGACCUGAAGACCUUCCUCCUUUUGAUGAUUGUCAAGGGGAAAGUCAGCCUGUUUUUGGGAAGCAUGAAGUGCCGGAUAUACCAGGCAAAAUCCAGAACCUUACAGAUUUUAGAAGACCUAAGAAGCGUGGCCGUGCUUGUUACAUGUGUGGUUCUCUGGACCAUUUCAUUAGAGACUGUCCAGUUGCUUCAAAGCCACCUCCUAUUCAUCUAAUGGGAGCUACGCCACAUUAUGCAUUACCUUGGCAUCAUGUCAACACUUUCACAAACCCAUAUGGCUGUCCCAUGGCUUUCAAUACACCGAUGGCACCUGAAGCAAAUUCUUACUGGGCAUGUAUUUAUGGUGGAUAUCCUGUCCCAAGUGGAUUCAUGGGCAUGGGAGGCAUGACUGCUCCACCAUUGGGGAAAACUGAAGAGUUCUGCCCUCGUUAUUCGGAAUUCAUAGACGUAAAUGACUGUAAUAAAGUAAGGAAGAUACCCGAUAAUUGUACGAGGAGGGGAAUGUCUUUCACAAAUGAGGAUGGGAGUGAGGGACAGGAUGAUGUUGCUAAGAAGAGAUGCCAAUAUGAGUGGGACGAAAGAUCAAGAGACUGUAGAAUUCUUGAAGAAAAGGAACAUCCACGUAGAGAAAAUGCCAAGUACGAAAUAAACUGUCUCUAUGACGAGAAAAGGAAGAGUUCUCAUUCUUCUAAAGAUGGAAUGAUAAAUAGACUCAAUCACAGAUUAAAGUUGGACAUAGAAGGUUUGCCUUGCAGCACCAAAUCACUGACUAAGGAGAGGUCUGGACAUCAGCAUAGCUGUUUCAGGGAAGUUGGUGGGGGCACAGGUGAAUGUUGGAGUCGUUCUAGCUCGAAUAACCAUAAAAGAUGCAAAGAGAAGGAAGCCAAAAUGAAUACAGUUGAGGUCGACGUGAAGCGACAUACUCAGAAAUUGUUGCAAAAAGAGACUGGUUUCAUAUCAAGAUGUUCUAAGCGUAAUGAGCUGACUCAUGAUCAUCCGCGAAUGGUCGGUAGGCCAAAUGAUAAUCAUGAAGAAUGCAAUCAUAAAUAUAAACAAAAAAGGUUUGUGAAAAACUACAGAUCUGAAUUUUAAGGUAAAAAUGUAUAGGUACAGCAUGUUACAUAUUUUUGGCGUUCUAUCUUCUUUAGCUACAUAACCGUGUCAGCAUACCAUGGUUUACUAUUAGAAUUUAUUAUACUUUCUGUUCAACAUCCUUAGACUAGCAAGUCUCGGAUUGAGUGUGGUGUGUGUGUGUGUUUUCUUUUUAAUUUUAUUUAUUGAAUAUAUUAACUCUAAUGUGAACUUGUUGGUCUUGUUUAAUAACCAGAUAUUGGUGUUUGGAUGGCCUUUUGACAAGCUAAUGUAAUAGUGUGACUAACUUUUCUUGACCUUUUUAGUUUGGAGUGUGGAAGCUAGCAAACAAGUUCAUAAUUCAUGGAGCAACGGAUGUUAAGCUAUGCCAAAUUUUUGUAAGCAGAGAUUGUUGAAGCAGUUGAAGCGCGCGCGCAGUCUGGUGGCCGCCGAGUAUUCUAUUUUCUACUCCGUUCCGGCGAUGCGGCCACGUGGCCCCCGGCGAUACUUCGAGAUCUUAUUGGGUGGUGGAGGCUUUACUCGCCGUUCAAUGACUAAUCGGCCGCUGGCCCCGAGGAAUAUAUUGUUGUACUUCUGUUAAUUUAAUGAAUUGCAUUUCUCAGGUCAUUAUCGUCGC